AUGGACGGACUUACACCCACAGAGCAGCGUGAGUUCCAGUCUCGAAUGGAGCGGAAGCAAAUGAAGGAAUUCAUGGGCAUGUUCUCCAACCUCGUCGGCCACUGCUUCGAUUCCUGCAUCGACGACUUCACCACCAAAUCCUUAGUCCAGCGCGAAACAGGCUGCGUGACUCGAUGCGUCAAGAAAUUCAUGGCCGGAAGCGAAAGAAUCGGGCAGAGAUUCCAAGAACAGCAAGCACAGAUGAUGAACCAACCUCCACCCGGACAAUAG